CGACCCGGGGCAGAUAUCCCGUCGGACCGUUUGAGGAUCGUGACGUGGUGAUUGGUCACUAACAUCAAACUGUGUAAUCUCGAAAAUUAUCAAAUUAGCGCAAAUCUGCAUCGCGAUCGGUGUCGCCGGGCGGCCUCUCGACACACUCGAAAGUUUAUAUUGUUUAUGCGGAACAAAAAGUUUGUUCCUUUCCUCUGACGGGACUCGGAACUGUUUGCUACCGACUUGUCUGGUUGAAUCUCGCUCGAGUUCCUUUAGUCGUGUCUUUAGCGGGACAAGGGACGACGUGACUCUGCUUGUGUCGGAUCAUCAGGACUGUGAGCGGGUGACUGACAGGCAGCAUGAAGCUCUACAGCCUCAGCAUCCUCUACAAAGGAGCGACCAAGUCCAACCUCCUCAAAGCGGCCACCGACCUGUCCUCCUUCAGCUUCUUCCAGCGCUCCAGUAUCCAGGAGUUCAUGACCUUCACCAGUGCCUUGAUUGUUGAGCGAACGUCACAAGGAAGUCGUGCCUCGGUCAAAGAACAAGAGUACCUGUGUCAUGUGUAUGUGAGAAAUGACAGCCUGGGUGCCGUCGUCAUUGCAGAUACUGAGUACCCACAGAGAGUCGCUUUCACAUUGCUGGACAAGGUACUAGACGAGUUCUCCAGGCAAGUGGACAGUAUAGACUGGCCCUCUGGUAAUCCUGAAACCAUAAAUUACAAAACCCUAGAUAUUCACCUUUCGAAAUACCAGAAUCCCCGGGAAGCAGACGCAAUGACCAAAGUGCAGGCAGAGCUGGAUGAGACAAAGAUCAUAUUGCACAACACCAUGGAAAGUUUGUUGGAGAGAGGAGAGAAGCUGGAUGACCUCGUGGCGAAGUCAGAACACCUGGGAAACCAGUCCAAAGCCUUCUACAAGACUGCACGGAAACAGAACUCAUGCUGUGAAAUCAUGUGAUGCCGCUGCCUCGUCCUCGUGGACACAACUCGUCUCUGCCUUUCUGCUUUUUCCUACAUCUCCCAUCAUGCACUGGUCACCCGCUCUCGACAACAAAGGACAGAACUGACACCGUCUGGUCUGGAGUGGGGCGCCAGGAUGAGAGCGAAGAAGGGUGGAAGGUGGUGGCCGGUGUUAAGUGUGACCUAUCUGGGCUUGUGACUGAUGGGGGGGCUGAAGGAGUGAUGGGGUCUGGUCAGGGGAAGAAGUAAACGUUUGAAUUAUUUUAAACCUCUCAAAUUGGUUUUCAUCUUUACGGUGUUUCAAUACCAGCUGAGGACAUAAUAGUGUGACGUUGUGCAUUUGGUGAUGUUUUACCUUUAAACCCAUUUAAUGUUGUUCAGAUUGAAUCGAAUCUUAAAAAGUUUGAUCUCAAAUCUUAAAAUUUCUGAAAAAGUAUUACCCACAGUUGUGCUUCUGCUUCAAGGCAACUCUGACAAUCCCACAGUCUUAACAUGUGAAUUCAUUCAGUGUGUCACUGUUUAGAUUUGAUUCUCCAAAACAGUUUUUCUUACAGGCGUCACCAUCCUGCCCACUAGGGGGGCUCGUUUAUUUACUUACUUGUUCCAAUGAGCCUCAUUGUUGAGGUCAAUCUAAAAACUCUAAUGUGCAGCCAAGAUGGCUAGUUGCUCCUUCGACCUGUGAUAUCCAAAUCACCGACAGAAUUUUACAUUGAUUUUUAAAAUAUCUUUUGCUAUACUGGAUUACGUUUCAUGAUUCUUUUUUUUCUUUGCUUUUCGCUCAUCUCAUAGUGUUAAAUGAAAAAUCUUAAAACAUUCCCACUUUGGGUGAUUGAGUUAGUGUGUGACAAUGCAUCUUAAAGUUGACGAGAAGUUGAGAGGUUAGAUGUGAAAUGUAGAAAGAUGCUGCAGCCUUAUUGCAGUGUGGCUAAUAUGUAAUCCUCCUGUCCCGUGUCAAGAAUUACAUCAUCUAAUAAGCAGAGCAGGACUUUUAAGCUCUUCCCUCUCCCUCGGCACACCGUAGCCCCGCUCUUGACUGUGGUAGCCAAAACACAACACUGAUGCGUUUUUUUUUGACAGUUCAGAAGCCCACGCAAAGCGCUGCAGUCCAGGGCUCGUCUGUUCCUCUCAAACCUAUGAUCAUUCGUAUUUUACCAUCUUUUUUUGUGAAUGGGGUGAUUCAUGGGAACCUCAGGUGCACUUUCAGGUCCUCUCAUUGUGUGCUAUCAUUAUAAAAACGAGUGGUUUCAUAUCCCGCUCUCGUUUCAAUACACUCCCUGGCUGACGUUUGUUCCAUGUGAGCACUGCUUGCUUUGUGUUUGGGUCUGACUCAUUAGAGAUUUUUUUUUUCUUCCUUCAUGAACUGCCGAUCAGUUUGAAAAAUGAAGACAUGCCUUCGGUCGUGUGUUUUAAGAUGUUUCACUGCUCUUCUUAUUUCUGCUGUAUGUUCGUAUGAUUUACAUCUCCUGGCUGCGUCGUCGAUUUUUGAGUGCCUGUGUGUUUGUUGGAAGUGCGAGAGAGGUCAGAAUUUGGCUCUUUCUGCUUUUACAGUGUAAAUGUUUGUGCAAUAUCUCUGCAGACUGUUGGUGUCGCUCUUUAAAGCAGAGAGAAUAAAUGGAAAUAUUUCCCAUAAAGGACGGUAA